CACGUCACCCGACCUGCGUUUCUUGGGGCGUUUUUCGGGUGGAGCGCGUGCUGCGCAAAGCCGAUUGGAGGCCAGCGUUCCUCGCCCUCAACUCCGUCGCCCGCCAUGCCGGCGAUGGAGUUGAUGGCGGCGAUGGGCCUGGCCGGCAUGGAGGUCUUUCGGUACAACCGUGAAAACUUCGAGUUCGACCAGGACCAGCGCUUUACCAAGGAUGAGGUCAGGCUCAAGAUGCAGGUGGAGCUCUUCAACCUCUUCCGGGAGGACAUUCGAGACCUUGUAGAACUCACGACCAGCAAGAUGAAUCUGUAUCACUUGGUCGGUGCAUUGUUUCUCAAAAUGAUCUGCAUUUUCUUUUGUGAGGGUUUUUUCGAAGCUGCGGUGCCGCCCUUCCUGCUGUGUUUUUACUACGUCUCGCAGGGCUGCUCCGCAGUGUAUCUCCUCUUUGCAAUCUGGCUCUCGAUGCACGCAUCCGUAUGCUCUCACAGCUAUUCCACGAGGCUUCUCACGCGCUUCGUUCGACUGCCCAUCCCUGGCUCUGAGCAGAUCAAUGUGUUGAAUGCACGCUACGCCGACUUCGAGAAGCAAGGUGGGCAGAUGCUUCGCAUUCCCUUCUUGAAGGACAACAACCGCUGGCAGGAUCGGCCGGAGAUGGAAAGUCAAUCGGCCAAGGCCAAAGCCAAGGCCAAGGCCAAGGCCCUGCCGGCUCCCGGAUCCCCAAGCUCAGAGCCUCCACGAGUUGCUGCGGACUACCUGGGAAAGGGCGCCUUCGCUUAUGGCGGCGAUCAGGACAUGUUAGGCUUUGAGGAGGAGUUGCUCAAAGCAGUGGAGUUCCGCACCCAGCGGCACAUCCAGCUCUUCCGACGGCUCCAGGCCCAGUGGCAGUGCUACGAUGCCUAUGCGCGCGUGUGCAUGUCCUUGGGCAUCAGGAUGAUGCUGCAGGGCACCUCUUACUACCUUCUGGGUCUCUGCUGGGUGCAGGUCAACAUGCCCUAUGUGGCGAGUGUGGUGGCCUUGCUCUUCCAGGCGCUGGCGUUGAACAUCGCCACCUUGGACAUCCACGGCGUCAACGACCUCAGUUUGAUCGGCGCGCUGCCCUGCUUCUGUGGCAUCCUGGCCCUGGCGGUCUCCGAGCGGACGUUGACUGGGACCUUAGAGCCCGAGCAGAGGUACUUGCUCACUUUGAUGAUGUACCCCUUGGAGGUCCUGUGGUUCGAGCUGCUUCAUUGGUUGGCUUCGCCCAUGGGCGACAAUGGCUUCCUGCCACGCCAGUUCCGAGCAGUUCUCUUCAUGGAUGUCUUCAGCGACCUCAACGAGAUGGCGGGGCUCAACGACGAGGAGCGGCGGCAGGUGGACCAACGCCGGGGCCAGGUGCAAGAAGCUUUGAAUACGACACGGUCGGCGCUCCGAAAGUGGGAGGCCGUGCCGCGCCGUUGGCUGACAUUGAGCCAGUACCGAUUGCGGAAGCAAGUGCAGAAGGGCUACAAUGCCGCGGCGGAUGCCUUGGUCGAUUUCAUGGAGAAGAACCAGUUGCCGAUCCCGACUGAAGAUGACCGCUCCUGGUCGGAGCUGCCGGCGAGUUCCAAGCGCAACGAUCCCUUUGCUGGCAUGGUCCUUGGCCCAUUCAACUACUGGAUUGCCGCGGGUGUCACCUCCAAGUGGUAUUGGGACAUUGAAGGGAGCUAUCCCUAUGCCAAAGGCGGCAUCCUCUACGAGCGACCGCAGAACGCCAGGGUUCUGGAGCUGGAUACAGCCAUGCAGGCGUGCAAGGACUUCAAGCGGCAAGUGGAAGGCAUCACUCGUGGCUUCGUGGACGACCACCCGGUGCAGUCCGACAGCGAAUCGGACGGCGGGAGCUCGAUGCACUCGGUGCACUCGGAGCACACGCCGCUGACGGGCUUUGUGAAGGGGCGUAGCAACGCACAAGCGGAGAUCGAAGUGAACCGACUCCCCUGGAAUUUGGUGAGCUUCAUCACGCGGGUCUUGCAACUGGUGUGGGUUGGCCUCGGGGUGAUGGGUGCCUUGCGCGAGACGAAUGCGGUGAUCUUCGACUUCCAGAGGUCUUACAUCGUGGAAGAGAGACGUCUUCAAGAGGCCAUCGCCCUGGAGCCUUUGGAGGUGCCGUGGCCGCACGCCUUCUUCCGACCGGAGCACUUGACGUCGUGUGAUCAGCCUCAUCGCCUUUUGAUCUCAUCCCCCUUCGCGCACUUCGAAUUGCAGGACCAUGCUGGAGUGCUGUCUUUGCAGGAGCAGGACCUUCCCAUGAGACGGAUCUUGUGCGAGGCUAGAACACAGCGCUGCCUCCAAGUGGAGCAGAGGGCUGAUUCCUUGCAUCUGGUGAACACCACGGAUGGUAAUCAGAUCAGCGUCCAACUGCCGGAUGCUCACCGCUUCUAUGCUGGAUCCUUGUUGCCUUGCUCUGCCUUGGACAUUUUGGCAUCUGAGCCCAGAUGCUUGUUGAUGCUCUCCUCCCAUCAGUCCAAGCUCUUGCUGCACUGGACCACCCUGUCUCAGAGGGGAUCUCACUUAAGAUGGAGGUCGCCACUGGAGUUCAACACUUCUCAGGGCUCGAAGAAUCGCCUGGCAGCAGUCCAUCUGGUGGAGGGCCAGCUGUGGGCGCUCUUCUCUGAUGGUCGAUUGGAGCACUGGGAGUUGUUGGGACAUGAACCAGAGAGGCUGGCACAGCACAAGGUCACCUGGGAGGAGAGAAGUCGGAAGGAUCCCUUCGAGGCAUUGGGGCUCUGUGUGCGCGACGUGGGCGAAGAAGUCUUCGUAUUGGGCCGUGGAUCUUCGAGCCAGAAACCCAUGCUGAUGAGAGCACAGGUCAGCUGAAUGGCAUCGAGAGACUGUCGUACGCUGGAGCAACGAGGUGUUUCUUUUCAUACAUGACCAUGCAAUGGUGAACGUGUGGCUUGGGUUAUCCUUUGACCGUUUGGUGAAUUUCACGCGGUGAAGGGGGCUGCACGUUUACUGCGAUCAGCCUGUUUGCUCUGCAUUUGGACGGCCGUUUUCCCACGCGCCGGACUUUUGGCCAAAGGUGCCAGCUGGUGUUUCUGACACGUCCGUUGGGUUCAUGCGUUCCGGGUGGCGCGUUUUCC